AUGAACCUGGAAAGCGGUGGCCUGGUGGUGGAGUGGUACCUGAGGCCCAGGCAGGUCGGCAAGGUGAGACAACGGGUGCAGGGGAUGCGGUACCCUUCGGCCAUGACGGCCAAAAUGGACCUGAGCCACAACGAGAGCGCCAGGGUGGCCACCGACGCCCUGCUGGACCGAGGCCUUCUGGCUUACCGCGAAUCGCUGGCUGCUGAAGGAGAGGUGGAUUUCUUGUCUGAGGAGGAGAAAGCUUACAUCCUGGGAAAUGCCAGGGACCUGACGCAGGGCAGUCGUUGCUCCGAGGCCGAGGAAGAGCAGGAGACGGGAUCUUCAGCUUCGGGGUCCACAGAGUUGUAUUUCCCAGUCCACACAGAGAGCGAGCCACCGGGCCUGGACUACGGGUGGCCUGUGGCCGACUGGGGCUACCAUCUGCAGGGCAAGCCCAGGGUAGAUGUGUACUUUCAGGCUGACGGAACGCCCAGGUUCAAGGACCUGCUGAGAGAGUACAUCAGCAAAGCCACCACGCUUCUGGCCAUUGUGAUGGAUACCUUCACGGACGUGGAGAUCCUCUGUGACAUCUUGGAGGCCACCAGGAAGCGCAGUGUGUCUGUAUACCUCCUGCUGGACCACAUCAACCUGCACCUCUUUGUGGAGAUGUGUGAGAACCUGCACAUAAGCAGUUCUCACCUUACUAAGAUGUCGAUUCGUAGUGUUCAAGGAGAGACAUACUGUGCAAAAUCUGGGAGGAAAUUCACUGGUCAGAUUAAAGAAAAGUUUGUCAUCAUUGACUGUACUCUUGCCCUUGCAGGAUCAUUCAGCUUCACCUGGCUGUCCUGGCAGGUUCACAGGAGCAUGCUGGUGCUGUUCCAGGGCAGCGGCGUCAAGCCUUUCGACCUGGAGUUCCGCCGGCUCUAUGCCGACUCGAAGCCCGUGCCCGAGUUCCCAAACUCGGCUCCUCCACUGGACGUCGUCCGGCCCCUCGUCUACAGAGACCCGCCACGCCCUGCGUACCGGCCCACUGCUGCUCCUACUCCCCUGCAGGCUGCCCGUAUCUAUCCUCAGUAUGCCGCCCCGCCCAGGCCACACGGCGCCAGGCCUACACCCGUACCUACGCCCCAGAAGUUCUACACAAAAACUUUCAAUGGGCAGUACAUCUGCCAGAUGCAGGCUGUAAGCCAGCCCAUUGUCCGUCAGAGGUCUUUGAAUGACAGCGCUGCCGGGAACCUUGGCUGGCGCUUGCGGAGCUUCUACGGAGGGGCGCUCGGAAGGCCCAACGGCUCGUUUCCUAGACCAACCGCUGGGUACUCGUACCUUAAGAAACCGGACACCAAACCACAGUGA